AAAAAACAAACAAAAUAACCACAGCACAGAAUCUUCUUUCUAGGCAGGCAUUUCACUUCUCGUUCUCUCGCGUCUCACCUCCCACUUUGGUGUGCUUUUGCAGCCUAAUACCCCAUAAAGAAUGAGUUGGGGUGAUAAAGUUGUUGUUGCUGUGAUACUUUAGGCCUGUUCCCAUCUGCCUUUUUUCUCCUUUAUUGCCUAUAUUGUUCUACAUAGGCUUUCCAACACUAGAGAUCAGUUCAGCAUAGUGCAGCUCCAAAUAAUGUGAGAUUUUGUAAAUUUCAAUACUCAUUCUUGUAUUUUAUUAUUACGUAUAUUUUUAGCACAGUAGCUUUCUGAAAAACACAAGUGGAAUUUCUGCAGAGCUCAGAAAGCUGUGAUGGCAGGGAUUCUGCCUUUCGGAUGAUUACAGUUACAAAGGAAACAGGCCUGGGUCUGAAGAUCCUUGGAGGAAUUAACCGGAAUGAAGGACCAUUGGUAUAUAUUCAGGAAGUCAUUCCUGGAGGAGACUGUUAUAAGGAUGGACGCUUGAAGCCAGGAGAUCAACUUGUCUCAGUAAACAAAGAAUCUAUGAUUGGUGUAUCAUUUGAAGAAGCAAAAAAUAUAAUCACUAGAGCCAAGCAGAGGUCAGAAUCCCCAUGGGAGAUAGCAUUUAUAAGACAAAAAGCUGAUGAUGGUCAUUCCAGAAAUGUUUGCUGUCCAUCCCCAUCACAAGCUUCAGGAGAAUAUGGACCUCAGGACUCGGCAUUUACUCUUCUUUCCCCUCCCCCUGAAGUACUAGCUCCAAAGACCACAUCCACUCCCAAGAUGCAGGGUGCCAUUUUACCUUCUUUGAAAACAAAUCAGACGAAACCUGGAUACAAGAAAACAGAACAUGCUCCAGUUACUUCUUUGGACAACAGCUCUACAGAUCUGUCUAAUUCAGAUAUUGCUUCUGCCUGGACUGAUGAUAAUUCUGGACCACAAGGAAGGAAGAUUUCCCUAAAUCCCUCUGUUCGCCUUAAGGCAGAAAAACUAGAAAUGGCUCUCAAUUAUCUAGGAAUUCAUCCCACAAAGGAGCAGCACGAAGUCCUGAGACGACAAGUGCAGGCAGACUCAAAGGGUACAGUGGCCUUUGGAGAUUUUGUCGAGGUUGCCAGAAACUUGUUUUGCCUGCAGUUGGAUGAAGUAAAUGGAGCACGUGAGACCUCCAGCGUAUUGGAUUCACAGCUUCUUCCCUGUGAGUCUUUCGAAGCAGAUGAACUGGAACAACUUAAACGAGAAAGGAAUGAUGCUUUAGAAGAAGUGCAUAUGCUCAAGGAAAAAUUAACUGAAUCAGAGAAGCAAAGGAAACAACUAACAGAAGAGCUCCAGACCAUGAGACAGGAAGCCAAAGCUGUAGCUGAAGAAACAAGAGCUCUGCGAAGCCGGAUUCAUCUUGCUGAGGCUGCACAAAGGCAGGCACGUGGCAUGGAAAUGGACUAUGAAGAAGUGAUCCGUCUGCUGGAGGCUGAGAUCUCAGAGCUAAAGGCUCAGCUUGCCGAUUAUUCUGACCAAAAUAAAGAAAGUGCUCAGAAUUUAAGAAAAAGAGUCACAGUUCUUGACUGCCAAUUGCGAAAAUCAGAAAUGGCUGCAAAAACUUUUAAGGCAUCCACUGAGAAACUACUUCAUUUUGUAGAGACUGUUCAAGAAGUACUUUGGGAGAGUUCUUCUACUUUAUCAAAUUUAAGUGAAAGAGGAGCCAUGUUUUCAUCGCAGACUGCCCUCCCACUACUGGGUAGGAACGGACGCAGCUUCCCGGCAACGCUGGCCCUGGAAUCUAAGGAACUUGUUAAAUCUGUUCGUGCCAUACUUGAUAUGGAUUGCUUACCUUAUGGGUGGGAGGAAGCUUACACAGCAGAUGGAAUCAAGUACUUCAUCAAUCAUGUAACCCAGACCACAUCCUGGAUCCACCCUGUGAUGAGUGUCCUGAACCUGUCCUGCUCAGAGGAGAAUGAAGAGGAUUGUCCUAGAGAGCUGACUGACCAGAAAAGCUAAUGGCUUUCUGUGGAAAAUGCAGUUUGGUGGUCUUAAGGCUUCCCAGUCUGCAGGCACAACUGGGUACAGGAGACCACAUCCUGAGACACAGCACAGAGUUGGUGCACAGCCCUGGGGCCUGUCAAGUCAAAACUAUGAUGUUAGGGUGUCACUGUAAAACCAUAAUGUUUCUGGGUUCAUGUGACAGAUCAGUUGACACUGCAGUAGUUUUGGGAGAAUAAUCUACUUAUAUUUGUUGAAAUCAUGUAUAACUAAGUUUUAUAAUACACUUUUUCAUAUAUAGCUAGAUCUUUAUGACUUUAUAUGUAGCUCCUUGUUUGGUAUUAGAUCCAAUGAUUUUUAUAAGAAAAAUACAUAUUGAAAAGUUAUAUGAAUGUAGUAAACUACUUCAUUUAUUUGAUAAUUCCCCAUUUGUACUCACAUCUUAGGAAAGUGAUCUGAAAAACUUGUGGGGUGUU